UCCACAAAAAUCCUGAGUUAUCUGAAAAGUCUCGCUCAACUGAAAUUGAAUCGGUUAACCUCGUUACUGAUGAUAAAAUAUCUGAGCCUCAUCUUGAAACAGAAUUUGUUGAAAAACUAAAGCUCAAAGAUACAUCUGAAGAGCCUGUUUUCGGAAAAUUCGAUCUUAAAGGUGCAGAUCUCGAAAAGUUUGCUCAAAAACUGAACUUCGACCAAUUGCGAUACGGACCAUUAACGGACAAGGAUAUAGAGAAAUUUUACGGUACAUCAAAAUCUGAUCCAGUUUUAUUGCAUCUUAAUUCAUAUAACCUUUGUUAUCACUUCGCAGAAUUCGUCGGUCCUGAUUUUACUUGGCCCCCUACAAUGAGAACCGCCGAGCGCCGUCUCAUCUUUGAUUACAUCGCCCAUCCUGAAAACUGGUUCGAAGAAGGAGAAGGAGAAGAACUUGCCAAGAACACUAUUGCAUAUCGUCGCCUUAUCGAGUCUGGACAGCUUGAUCCAUCUAGGGGCAGUCAUAUCUUAAUCAUCAACGGAAAGGUGGUGCGCUAUGGACCAAAAAUAUCAGGAGAGGAAUACGAGGAACUCGCGACGAAAAAUCCAGGAAUGUUGUACGCGCCUAUUAUCGAAAAGGUGGUCCACGCAAAAUUCUCUUCCAUUCAAGAUGACACAAACAAGGAGUGGCAGGUGCACAUGCGGAUUCGGAACAAAGACAAACCCGAUAUUACAGCAACAUUGGCCAAUAUUGAGCGAGACAACUACCUUAAUUGCAAUUUUCGGCUAGUACUUGAUACUGGUUGCACUUACACAGUUGUCCCACAAUUGCUAAGGGCCAAGUUGCCAUCCCGUGCCGGUUGGAGUGCGAUUACUACCUAUCCUGUUGGCUAUGGUACCAACAGCAAAAUGAAUCAGGUUUCUGUGCCCUGGGAAGUCUCCUUAGGCGAUGGUGUGAAUUGGACGGACUGGAUUGAGACUGAGGAACUAUAUUCUUGGCAAAAGGUUGUUUCUGGCGAUGUUAGUUGUGGUCUGGUGGGGUUUGAUGUUCUAGACAACACUUAUCAGAUCAAAAUCCCAGGUCAACCGUACAUUUUUGUGACGGAUGACGACAGUACUAACCAAUUGCAACGAAUAUAUCAACAGCAACAACGGAUCUGA